UUAUUGUUUAUCAAAUAUAAAGAAAGGAAAAAGAAUGUGAAUGUAAAGUUAUAAGAAAAUUAAAAAUAAAAAACGCGGCAAUAUUUGAAUUGAAUACAAAUGGAUUCCCGCGCUAUGAGUAAAUUAGGAAUGAGGGAAUAUGCAUUUCAUGUUGUGACGAUUGGUGGAUUACUGUGUUUUGUAGAUCUUGACACGUGCUCGGAAGAGCUGUCGUCGUACGCAUAACAUAGCAAGGUUCAAAGAGUGGGAAGGUGGAAUCACACGAAGAAGAAAGUUAUUGAAUUGUUCAUAAAGUAAGAAGGAUCUACAGUGGUACGAGCGUAGUAAAAAUUCAAAGAAAAAAUCAUGAACACGACGCUGUAUAUACAUUCGCGAUUGAUGUGAAUGAAAAUUCGGCUUGUUGUAGAGCGUACUUCCAAUAGACUCGUGUAUUCUCGACAGGUCGAUUCCCGCGCGACUCGUGUCGAAUCCCGGAACUGUUUGGGCUGAACGUGUUAAAUGGCUGUGCGUCGGCCAUGAUGGCUUUGAGCAGGGACCGUGUCACGCAAACAUGUUUUCAAAGUGAUAUAUUUCGUUUGGUGACUGAGUGACCGUGUUCCAGCGCGAUGGCCGGAGAACGAUGAGGCCCUGAGCGCUCUCUGUGCCGGGUAAUACGGCCUCUGGGCCCCUAAACAGGCCCAAUUAAAUUCACGUUCAUUAAGCCCGAGGCCCGAACCGACCCGACUGGCCUCACAGUACGAGCCAACCAAUUUGGUUGUCAACACGCGAGUCACUCGCCUCAAGAUGAGCAAGCUGUCGUUCAGGGCUCGCGCCCUGGACGUCUCUAAGCCCAUGCCGAUCUAUAUGGCUGAAGAAUUGCCAGAUUUGCCUGAUUAUUCGGCCAUUAAUCGCGCAGUGCCCCAAAUGCCUAGCGGCAUGGAAAAGGAGGAGGAAUGCGAACAUCAUCUUCAAAGGGCAAUAUGUACGGGUUUAAUCAUUCCUACCCCUGAAGUAACUGACUUGGCAGAUGUUGAAGCUUAUGACAAAAUAUAUCCUGCUGAUUACAAGUUGCCUCGUCAACUUAUUCAUAUGCAACCCUUUGCAAUGGAGCAAGAUAUACCAGACUACGAUAUGGAUUCAGAAGAUGAAAAAUGGGUUGCUGUUCAAAGUCGUAAAAUGGAUCUAACUCCGCUUCAAUUCGAAGAGAUGAUGGAUCGAUUAGAAAAGAGUUCAGGCCAAAAUGUAGUUACCCUUAACGAAGCUAAAGCGCUCUUAAAAGAGGAUGAUGAUCUUAUUAUUGCAGUGUUUGAUUAUUGGUUAAACAAACGACUUAAUACACAACAUCCUUUAUUAUUAACUGUCAAAACGGAGCAUCGAUUAGGUUCAGCUGCCAAUAAUCCUUACUUAGCAUUUAGACGCAGAACAGAAAAAAUGCAAACACGUAAGAUUCGUAAAAAUGAUGAAACAAGUUAUGAAAAAAUGCUCAAGUUGCGAAGAGAUCUUAGUAGAGCUGUCACGCUACUCGAAUUGGUUAAACGUCGAGAAAAAACGAAACGAGAACAUUUGCACCUUACAAUAGAAGUUUACGAAAAGAGGUAUCAAGCGCAAGAUUUCAAUGGUCAGAUUUUAGCAGAAGUAUCUGCAUUAAAAACUCCAAGGCCAGCAUUCACUCCGCUUUUUACCAAUCAAUUUGGAGUUCAUCAAAAUUGGGCAAAUAAAGUUAGUAAUAAAGAUGAAGUUGUUACUAGAAAAGAAAAGAGGCAAUAUAAGAAGCGGAAACAUAAAACAGACAGUAGAGGAGGUACCCUCGAUGAAACUGGUAUACGUGGUGGAGCAGGUAGUGGAGGAGGUCGAGGAAAUCGAGCAGGAGUAUUAGGAAGUGGACUGGACCCUUUAUUAAGUUCAGACGAAGACAGUCCUCUUCCAUCACAUUCUCAUUCUCAACCUUCUCUUCCCUCGGAUAGAGAUGACGAAGAUACUGUUGAUGAGGGCAAAUACGUCUUUCGACGAAAUAGAAAUAGCACUUAUCUGCCUCCUGUAUUAGGAGGUGGAUUUGGAAAUUGGCCUUGGUGUGAUAAACGUGAAGGAGGUCUGGCUGAUAAAAAGUAUAGGUUCGCUCUCACCAGCAUUAGUAAACCAGUACCUAAGUGUAUUGGUCUUGCUAGAAGAAGACUUGGUCGAGGUGGCAGAGUUAUACUGGAUCGCUGUACUUCGAAUUUGGAUGAUAUGUGGUCUUCGUUAGAUUUUACGAUACACGAACCAAAACGUGAGGCUACAGACUCAAAUACAACUGCCACGAAUAGUACGCCUAUUAAGAAAGAAAGGCUACACUUUCGACCAAAGACUCCGCCUGAGUCGGUGCACAGUCCAAGCGAGGAAAGCAGUGAUACAGACUCAGAUGUAGAACCAGUGUUAUCUCCAUCGAAACCACUUCCAUAUCCAUUCCCACCUGAAGCAACGUCGAUAUGCGUGGAAGUGGAACCUGAACGUGUGGGUGACGAACCACCAUUUACUUCAGAAUUUAACAUUGCAGAUUAUUUCUCAGUGGAUGCUCUAUCAGACUUUGAUCUUGCGGUAGCAAGUGUAAACGGUAGUGCGUGCGUUAGUGGGUUGUCGGACAAUAGCUCCAGCGAUUUGCGGACAGACGAGCUGGGCAGCUCACAUUUUCUAGUGACACCAUUAUGCAGUAAUCUAUUUGCGCAACCUGUGACACAACCGAGCCGGCCUCAGUGCAGUAGUGGUGGUUCUAGUGUUGUAAAUACUUCAAGUUCUUCAGCCCCGUCGUCUUCUUCGUGUGUGACCAAUCAAGCAAUGACACUGAGUACCGUAUCAACGCAAUGUACAAGUGUUGCGAUAGAGACACAGUCGAAUAAUCAGUCCAGGCAACACAGACAAUUACCCUAUAACAGUAACGCUGCUUCUUUAUUAUCUAAAUCUCUGACUAGUCCAACAAAUAAUAGAAAUAGCGGUAAUUGUGGAAAUGGUGGCAGUGCAGGAGUUAGAGUGUUUAGUGCAACCAACACACCUAGUGGUACCAUUACAAACUUUGGUAAUGGCCAUCAAAAUGGACCUUUAUCGCAUAUAAGCAACUCAAAUAACCUGCCAAACAGUACUCAUGUUGUAAACAAUCAGCCGACAAUAGUUCUACCACAGAAACAUCCGCCGUCCAAUCUGUUGCCUGGCCUUAUUACGCAAAGUAAAUUAGCAAGUAUUGCAAGACAGCAACAGCAACAAACGCAAAAUCAGGCACAACAAAUCCCAACGUCCGGGGAAAUUACGCUUAAUAGUAAUAGUGAAAGUUUGAAUCUGGAGGUGGAUGGAGUGGAAAAUUCACCCUGUGAGACCAAAUCACAACAGCAACAACUUGUCCGGGCAAACAAAACGAAUUCAUUGGCAAUGGAAGUGACAUGAUGCCUACUGUUGGCACCCCUGUUGCUACCAACACGUUAUCGGGGGCUUUGCUAACUUUAUCUUGCCCAUGUCUGGCUGACAAUGGGAAAUGAAUAUUAAUGUCUUGUUUAACGCAAACAGUGGUACGGCUGAGUACAAUUGCAAAAUUAUUUUGAUCAAUUUUCUCCUGUGGUGAAAGUAUGAUUAUCGAAAUAGGAUAAAUGUUAUGAAAAAUAUUGCCUUUAGCUCUGGCCUGAAAAAAGAUAAAAAAAAAAUAUUUUAAUUAAUUUAUUUUUUUCUUUUUUUCUUACUAUAUGAACAAACGGUCAGUGCUAUGCAUGUUAGUCCGUAUUAUGUAAAUUAUGGUUUUAUAAUCAUAUCAUAAUACACAUUUUCUCUCUCUUUUUUUGAACAAUUAAAUUAUAUUAGACAAAUUUCAUUUCCUAAAAUAAUACAAAUUUCUGUGGUGAUUUCCUAUGCUUUUAAUGCAAAGAAAAACAUUCAAUAAAUUACGAUACACAUUUUCCUUUUUCUUUUUACAUAAAUAUGUAUUUAUUGAUUGUGCAAGAAGUAGUGCAUUUUUCUUUAAAUAAUUUUAAAUAACAAAUUAUGUUAUAUUUACAAUUUAUCGAACAAAUGCAGAAUAAGAGUGAAUUUAAUCUAAUUCGUUCAAGUUAAUUAGUGCUAUUAAAUUGAAACACUAUGAGUAUAAUAAAUAAUAAACAAUUUAUUUACUUAUACAUAUGUUUUUAAAGGAUUAUAAUAUUGUUGAUAUUUUUGUGCGAGUUCAAUACUCUAAGAUUGUAAGCUAUGCAAUCAAAAAUCGUCAUAUAUUGGAAUUCAUAGAAACUAAUAUAAUUUUGCAAUCAAUUGAUAAAACCAUUUGUGUAUUAAAAAAAAAGUGCUAAAAGUGUAUCUUAUAAUCACUGCUUAUGUCGCAAGCUUUCUCAAACACAGCAUUCAUUGAAAAAAGAUACGAAGGACAAUAUAAUAUACCACAGAAAUAAUAACGAUCAGUAGAGUUAUUAAUAUGUUUCAUAAAUAAUUUGCUUACAUGGCAAUAAAUUCUUAGUAUCAAAUCUUGUGGAAAUCUAUUGGUAAAUAUACUUUGCUUAGAUUGUACAAUAUAUAUAAUCUCUUCAGACUUCAAGUUCGUCAUUCAUAAAAAAAAAACAAUUUUGUAAUUACUUGUACUAUUAUAAAUCCAAAACUAAUCAUUUUAUUCUACUUACCGCAGCUUUAAAAAAAAAAAAGAAAGAAACAUUUAGAAACAAAGAAAGGAAUAAUUUAUUUUUUAUUACAUUGUAUAAUUACUUCAUUGCUGUACAUAGAGUUGUUUUGAGUACCGCGUUUUAAAGAAGGUGUUUCUUCAUAUAUAUCAUAAUAUAUUAAAACGCUUGAAGGCUGUGAAAUAUUAAAGCUAUUACUGUCAAGUCACUUAAAAGAACAUUAAAAUCUUUCUACGCAAGAUGCAUUAUCAUGAAUAUAUUAUAUAUGAAAUGUUUUGUAUUACUAGAUGACAACGGAUUAUAUUGAAAAAUAAGUAGAUUCUAAUUUUAUUCAAAUGUUGCGUUUGAGAAGCUUGUAUUACACACAACUGUGAAAGAAUGCUAUCUUUAGAAUACCUAAUACAAAAUAAGCCUUUCCUGUUAGUAAUUGCAAACAUUUAUAUUGACCUAUAAUUGCAAAAUUUAACAACUAAACACACUAAAGAAAGGGUCAUUUAUGGGUAUUCACCUGUUAGCAGCAAAACGUGAGAAAUUACAAGAGAAAAAUUAAUUUACAAAAGGUAGAAGUUUUUCUUUCAAUCAUUUACAUGUAUAUCCUUUAUAUGUGAUGAUUGUAAAUUCUUGCUAAGGAAAAUUUCUUAUCUAUGACAAAAAAUCAAUGCAUAGAUAAAAAGUCUUGAAUUUCCAUGUAUCACAAAACCCAUAUUUGUGAUGCUCUCUUCCUCUUAAUAUAUUUUAUAUGACUGUUUCCCUUUCUGUACAAUUUUAUUGAUGUAUAUCAAGAUAAAACGUUAAGGGCAAAUAUUUUUUUAUAAAGGACAAGUAUAAAAUUAAACGUGUCUUAUUUUGGAUGUAAUAAUUUUAAAAAGAAAAAAAAAAACAUUGAUCGUGACAGUGGCAGAGAAUCAUUUAAUCUCUAGGUCCUCGUCCAUUUCUCUAAUUUAAAAUAUAAAUUUAAUUUAGUUUUGCAUGUAAUUAUUUUUUCAAAAUUAAUUUUUUCUAUUUU